GCGCAUGCGCAGCAUGCGUCUCCCGGGAUUUUAUUCGCGUAUCCGCGAAUUCAUAUCGAUUAUCAGUAACAGCCAAAGUGUCAAAUCGUCAUUAGAUUAAACGAGUUGUGUGUUUUCUGUGAAUCGAAUUCUUCUGUAUUAACGCUUCAUAUUAUCAUCUCAUUCGAUAUCGAGUAUGGGUUCACUACCAAAGCACCUAGAUCGUCUAGACGACCUGUUGGAGCAAUCGAAAAAUUAUAAGACAAACCCACGUAAGCAUCCACAAGAAAUCGAAGCCAAACUUCACUGCUCUAAUCAAAAAGAAAAGCCCAAGACGAAUAAAUACACUCAAAGGCGUGAUGGUAAAUAUUCCAUGUCCGGGGAUUCAUCUCUACAAUCGAACAGAAAAACUGAACUUUCAAAGCCACCGUUGGAAUCAAAAAAAUGUAUCGAGAAAUUGGACGUGAACAGUCGUUCUCCUUCAAAGUCAAAUAGAAAACCUGAACUAGUAAAACCAUCGCUGGAGUCAAAGACAGGUACUGAGAAUAUAUUCAUUAAGAAUAAAACUGCGAGACAGAGUGACGUGCAUUCCACCUCGAGUCGUUCUCAAAAGCCAAAUAAAAAAACCGAACUUGUGAAACUUUCACUGGAGUCGACAACUGAAGAUAGUGAGACUGAGAAUUUGAUCACUAAAAAAAAUACUGCGAGACAGAAUAGUGCACAUUCCACAUCGAGUCGUCUUCCAAAGUCGAACAGAAAAACUGAAUUUGUGAAACCUUCACUGGAAUCGACAACUGAUAGUGAGACUGGGAAUUCCAUCACUAAGAAAAAUACUCCUAAAUUGAAUAGUGAACAGUCCACACCGAGCCAUUCGCUGAACUCGAUUGAAAAAUCGAGAUAUUCAGAUCCAUUAUUGCUGUCAAUAAAAACCUGGAUUGAAACCUUGGACGAUUACAAGAACACAAUAAGCAGAGUCUUCAGAAAAGACUUCUAUCAACUGGAUUCAUCAGAACCGAAUAAAGGAUCAUGCUUCAACUACUUCCUGCUCGAUCCACGAAUCACGAACAAUUUUCCUCAGCGAAAUAAAAAUCACAGCUUGGAAAUAUCUUGGAAAACCUUCUUGUCGGGUAUUUUUUAUAUCGGAAAAGGUACAUCAGAUAGACCUUAUCAUCAUCUAAAGACCGCUCUAAAAGAAAGGCGUAGCAAUGAUCCGUCUAAAAAGCACGGAAAGAAAAUUCAAACGAUUUUGGAUAUUUGGAAUGAGGGUAAGGGAGUAGUCAUUCUGCUAGUGUUUGAAAGAAAAGUGGAUUUGGAAUCUUUUACGAGAGAAGCCGCCAUGAUCGAAGUAAUAGGUACACGAAAUCUGGGCAAUAAAAUUAAUGGCACUUAUUAUGGUCAAAUAAGUACGUGGAAGUCUGAAGAAAAACGUGAAUUGGGUCGAUAUUUACUUUACGAGUCGUAUCAGACGUAUUUAUCGAAACCAGCACCUGAAAUCUUUCCUUACGAUUUGUGACUUGAGGUUCAGGUGGGGGUACCUUUGUUGGGAGGGGGUUUUCAGAAUUUCAACUUUGACCAAUUGGUAUUUCUUUAAAAAUGAACCAAUAUGGUUCGAAUUUAUUCCUUGUGUUUACACAAAAGAGUUCCAAAUCUGUGAUAAAAUUUCGAGAAUAAAUUGUCAAAGUGGUUCGACUUGGUGAAAUUAAAUAUGCAUUGUCUUAAACUACCUUUUGAAUAACUUUUUCUCUUCUUGAUGAUCUUAAUUUAUUAAUGUUUAUUUUUUGUUAUUUUUUUCACUUUACUUCUUUGUUUUUUAUUUAUUUUUUGUGUUUUUUUUUUUUUUUGUUUGUUUUUUGAACCAAUUUUUAUUUUUAUCCUCUCUUAUGUUAUACGCAGUCUCUCCUGUAAUUUGCUUCAAGCUGUUGGAGAGACCUAAAUUGUUGAAUAAAAAAUAAAUUAAUAAAAUAUAAAGUAUA